AUGGGAGGUUUGUUCGUAUACACUCUCUACGCUGGUUACUUAGGUUGGCAAUGGAGACGUGUACGCACCAUUCAAGCCGAGAUCAACGAGCUCAAGAAACAGGUUAAACCAACUCCUGUUUCUCCCGAUGGUUCCACGGUUGUUGACUCUUCGUCUCUUCCUUCUGCGACGGAGCUUGACAUCAAAAGGUUGACGGAAGAGAGGAAAGAGUUGGUUAAAGGGUCUUAUAGAGACAAACACUUUGAUGCAGGCUCUGUUUUGUUAGGGUUUGGUGUUUUGGAGUCUGUGUUUGGUGGGCUUAAUACUUAUCUUCGUACCGGUAAACUCUUCCCCGGUCCUCAUCUUUACGCUGGUGCAGGAAUAACGGUGCUAUGGGCGGCAGCAGCUGCUUUGGUGCCAGCGAUGCAGAAAGGGAAUGAGACGGCGAGGAAUCUACACAUUGCGUUAAACGCUCUCAAUGUUGUGCUUUUCAUUUGGCAAAUCCCAACAGGUUUUGAUAUCGUCCUUAAGCUAAAUAUCAUAAUAUGUCGAAUCAAUCGGGUCGUUCGUGCAUGGUACCGUUUCUCUAGCGUCGUCCGGCAAACACAACACUCUUCACGCGAUCCAUCUCCUCCCCGACACGUCAUCAAACCACCACCAUCUCCGCCUUCACCUCCUCCGCCGCCUCAACCUUUGUCCGCACCAUUACGUCCACCACCGAAACAAGUCCAAGAGGCUAAACCUAGUCCGGUUACAUCUUCACGGUCUAUGAAACAUGAACCCACUAAGCCUAGGCACGAGGAAGAGGUCACUCAUCAGAAAAGCAUACUUUCGGACAAAACAAACCUCGUACACAGUCCAAACAAGGAGCAGCAACACGAGUCUGAUGACAUCAUCAUGGCCACACAAGGCCUCAUAACCAUCUCAGGUGAAAACAAAGGAGCUGUGAUGGAGAUACAACGGUCACCGAGAAAGACACAUGGCAAUGGAAAUAGGUCAAACAAUUCUAAGAAGCAUAACGAUAAUAUUGGUGGAUAUCGACCGAUGGAUGGUUUUGUGAACAGUAACGUUCAGAUAGUAAAUGGCUCUGUCGUCUACAACUCGUCGGAGAUUCAUCAUGAUCCUGGCGUUCAUCUUAGCCUCUAUUGGAAACCUAGCUCUGGUAAUGGUUUUAUCGUCAAAGACCAUGGCAACGGCUACAACAGCUCAAUCAACUAA